AUGCUGGCAGAGGAAAAGGCUGAAGAACCCACUAGUAUAGAACCUGCUAAAGCUCUUCAGAUAUGGGCAGCAAUUCUUACAAUUGAAAACAUGGAAUUCACUCGAGACUUAGCCAAUCCAUCCUCGCAAACAUUCAGGAAACUGUCGGGUACCUUGACGGUAUUACUAAGCAACGUUUUGAAUCAGGUUUCUGGAUUCCUUUCUGUGCACGUUAAGAGUUUCCAGAGGGGAAGCGUCGUAUGCAUGUUCGACAUCCAUGCAAACCUAGAAUCCUCAGCAACAGCCGAAGAUUUUGAAAAGGCCUUAAUCGAUGCGGCAAACAACAGGAAAAUCGGGAACUAUCAUAUAACUAACAUCCAAGUUAAAGACAAUGUAAAAGCUGUAAUGAAAGAGAAGACGCCUCAAGGGCAACGCUAUUUUCUUCUUAGAGUGAUUGCAGUGAUCAUAUUUGCCGUAGGAGUGGCUGUGCUAAUCGUACUCUUUAUUGUUAAGGUAAGGUCCAGAAAGUCAAAAGAUAACGAACCUUGUCUUUUAAAAUAACUGAGUAUAUAGUUUCCCUCACGAGGCUAAGCUUUGCAUUUUCAUGAUCGGUUUACGGAAUUCUGAACCCGAUCCUGAAAUAACUUGGCAGGGUUGAAUGAAUUAGAUUGGCUGUCACGCAUAUGCGUAAUCCCACCAACUCUUUGUGUGACAUCACAAUCAACAUUCCAUGUCCGUCAAGAGAGAAUGUAGCUCAUUCUCUCUUGAUGUCAGUUUGACUUAGGUAUACUCUUCGCUCGCUUAUGAGAAAAACAGGGGAUAAUGGCCAACACCCAUUCGUGUCCGCCUAUGCCAGGAGCCAAUCUAUAGGGCUCUUGACUACUGUACUCUUUUGCAGCGUACAAAAUAUGCUAUGCCCUUGACAUGAGGGGUACGAGUCAGAAUCCUUCAAGCAAACCAUAUCACUAUGAGAAGUUCCAAUCGUUUUCGUCCUUUAACGGUUUCUGAAAAAUGGGUGAGGCAUAGUUGUACCGAUUGGGAAAUAUUUUAGCUGGCUGGCAACCAAGGGGUUUUUAACAACGUGACGAGUUGAAAUUUUUGGAUCAAUCAGGUUAUCUCAGCAGUUUUCUUAUAUUUUGAAAUAUUUAUUUUCCUCUUACAUAGGCUAUCAGAAAAAAGAGACGACAGAGGAGUGAAGGCUUUGUAGAUACCGGGGAGGUUUAUCCACUAAGCGAAUUCAAUACCACAAACACUGAGAUGGGAGAAAGAAAACCAACAUUAAGAAAGAAAGUACUGAUGUCUAGUGAUGGAGAACUAGAUGAGGACGCAAACGAACUAACACCAUUUUACAAACCUGGCUACGCCCAAGCGUGA